UAUUAGUCACACAAAUAUGGCGACUACUGUAUCGGUAGUAGAAGAGGUAGAAGAUUACUCAUUUUUACCUCUUAUACACGAUAUUAUCAAAGGCAUGGACAAAGACAGUCAGGAUGUCCACCAGGAAUUAAACAAGUUGAGGACAAGGAUUCAAGACGCACGCGAGCAGAUUUUAGCUAUGCCCGGCAUCGACGUGAGUCCCGAGGUACAGCAGCACGAGCUCUGCACUCUGAGGGAUCAGGUCCGCACAAAGAAUCAGCUGUUGCAGAAGUACAAGGGCUUGUGCAUGUUCGACAUUCCCAAACCUUCCUGAUUAAGGUGACCGGAGCCUGUUGCGUAAAAAGGACGAAAAGUGCAGGUGGAUAAUUUAUUAAAGAAAAAAAACGAUUGUCUGCAAAGGAUUUAUUCGACUAAGCCACAACUCUGAAAAGGAAUCAGUCCUUAUUGGUGCCAGUGAGACUGCAUUAUUUAUUCAUCUACGUUUGCAAUUUUUGCGAAUGUUGGACCUAGCUGCGCUGUCAUUAAAUUAGUCAAAAAUAACUGAAUUUAUAUACUGAACUCUGUCUAAUAAACUAUUAUAAAUGUGUAAACAUGUCGAUCUGUAUUUUGAGUUGUAGCAUGCACUGUAUGGUCAAAAGUAUGGACACAGUUAAGUGACUGCCAUUACAAAAAUACAAGCUUUGGUGGAAACUACAUGGUUAUUUGCCAUAAAUGGAUUGUUUACAAUAGAUCUGUUAUGUCUUUAUACAGUUCUGUAUUCAUUGAAUGUGCAGCCAGUCGUAUAGAAGCUAAUGUUAUGCAAUCAUAAGAAUUCUUGGAGGCUGUUGUCUGCAGUAAAUGAGUCUAUCCAUCUGUCCCAAUGACUUACGGGGAUGGGAAGCUUUAAGGUUUACUUUUAUAGUCUAAUCAAAUUGUGCAUGGAAAGUUCCCUUAUAGGCUACAGUUUCUUUUUGUGGCAUAAGGGGAAGUUCACUUAUUAUAAUAGGCUAUGGUUUCUUUGUGACAUUCUGUACAUGAUGAAUAAACUGAAUCUGGCUACGAUAAA